UGUGGUUAUAUUCAGCGUAUAGCGUGUGUGGUUAUAUUCAGCGUUUUGUGUGUGUGGUUAUAUUCAGCGUUUUGUGUGUGUGUGGUUCUUUUCAACGUUUUGUGCGUGUGUGUGUGUGGUUAUUUUCAGCGUUUUUUUUGACAAUACAAUCACCACACGAUCGCCAGACCUGUGGUCAGUCUUUGCGCCAGUGGAUGGUUGGUAGGAAAACAACAGUUUCUACGUCGACAUAUCAAGGCGAGAUUGAUGCCUCAAAGCAAAACAUGACCGACAAGAAGAGGGUUGGUAGGAAAACAACAGUUUCUGCGUUGAAAUAUCACAGCAAGACUGAUGCCCCAAAGCCAAGCAUAGCCGAACAGAAAAGGGUUGGUAGUAAGCCAGCAAUUUCUGCAUCAACAUAUCACAGUGAGAUUGACGCCUUAAAGUCAAACAUUACCGACCAGAAAAAGGUUUUUGACAAUCCAGUUUCUGUAUCCACAUACCACAGUGAGAUUGAUGCCCCCAAACCAAAACCGAAGCAGGCGGGCAGUCAAGAGGCACCAGCUAAUGCCACAGUUGGUCUCUUGACAAAGCAUCCGGCAGGUAGAAUCCUGAUCCUGAAAGUCUUGCUUGCUGUAGGCGGCUGGAAAAUCGGAUCCAAACCUUUUCUCCCCGUAAUCAAAAGUGAGGAAGUUUGGAAGAAAUGGGUGGUCAAUGUCAUUGACUAUUUGAGAAAGUAUAACUUUGAUGGAUUUGAUAUGGAUUGGGAAUUUCCCGCCUGGAGGGGCAGCGGGCCAGAAGACAGACACAAAUUUACGUUGUUCAUGAAGGAUCUGUACCACGGAUUUGCAGAGGAAGCCAGGGCAUCGGGCAAGGAGCGUCUUUUAUUGACUCUCGCCACUGCAUCCAGCGCUUUUUAUGCCGAGAAAUCAUACGAGCAGUCAGAAAUUCACAAGUACAUCGACUAUAUGCUGUUAAUGACAUACAACUACCACGGCUCUGGCUGGGAGAAGCAAACCGGUCACCACAGCCCUCUUCUGCCACACCCUCUUGACCCGGAAGGAGAACAAAGUGAACUUUAUGCUCUGUGGUCUGUGAAAUAUUGGUUAAACUUUGGAGUGCCCAAGGAAAAGAUUAUUCUCGGACUAGCUACCUACGGUCUCGGCUGGAAACUCGUUGACGGUUCUCAGACUGGAGUGAGGGCGCCUGCUGAUGGUGGAAACACCAAAGGAAAAUACACAGAAGAGUCUGGGAUACUGUCUCACUACGAGAUCUGCGAGAAAGUUAUCAACGAGGGUUGGGAAGUUAAAUGGAUAGAUGAACAAAAAGUGCCAUAUGCUUACGGCGGUGGUGAAUGGGUGGGGUUUGAUUCUCCGGACAGCUUUUAUCUUAAGGCUGCGACUAUUAUCAGAGAAGGUCUCGGAGGAGCAUUCGUUUGGUCUGUGGAAAUGGAUGACUUCAAUGGACAUUGUGGGGGUCCCAAAUAUCCGCUCCUGAGAACGAUUUAUGAGGUGUUCACUCAGUCUUCUCACGUGGCAAGGCUACUGUCUCAGAGCGAGCUGAAAUCUGCACCCGCUUCCGGCCGUCAGAACAUUCAAAAAGCCGAGUCACCCAAACAAAGCUCAUCGGCAGCAGCCAAGACUGAUAUCGUUGACUGCGAGAGCCUGGGUCUAGGGAUCCAUGCAGACCCAUCCUCCUGCCAGCACUUUAUUCUGUGUAUGCCAGUCAACCAGCACCACUUGGGGUCCACUCGCAUGGUUUGUCCAGAAGGGACCCUGUAUGAUGCACAGUUGAAAAUCUGCAACCAUAAAUACAACGUUGUGUGUGAACACUGA